AUGUCUUCACUGUCCCAGAAAAACACAAACAACAACACCAACGGAUUCCGACUAGCUGAGGGGGAUCUGUCCACCUUCCAUUGCUUCUCGAAGCUGCAUAUUGAGCUACGUCUGAUGAUCUGGAAGCAAGCGUGCAACAGUCCUCGACUUGUUGAGAUCUUAUAUUCUAGACGAAGUACAGAAAAAAACCCAUCGAACACGCCCGUGCCAGGACUUCUUCACGCAAAUCGUCAGGCUCGCCUCGAAGGCUUGAAGGUCUACCAGCUACUUCUUGGAUAUCGUUAUAAGGAUCUACGCAAGUACAAAGAAACUUAUAUGAAUUGGGAGGUCGACCAUGUUCUGUUGCAACCAGAUCAUCUGCACUACCAGGGGUACAUGAAGAAGCCAUUGAUACAUGCAGAUUUCCAAAAGUGUCGUCACUUGGUCCUGUCAGAUUGUGAUUUUUAUCAUCUAAUGGAACCUGACUUGAUGGGGACGGGAUGGGACAACCCUAACAAAACUCCCGGAUACGCGGGAACCGUGAAACUAUCUUCUCUCAAGACGUUGACGAUUCUCAUGGCUGCAUGUCAUGGAAUGUGGGGGGAGAAAGAUUUCCCAGUUGAGGCAACCAAGAGGUAUUUCAAGAACGUUGUCCAAACACUGAGACACUGCAAAGAUCCUCCAGCAGACGAUAUAUACGUCGCUUUGAAAAUCAUACCCUUGUUUAAAGCAAAGUACCCAGAAGUCGAAACGAGAGUUGGCAUCUUGAAGGGCGAGGAAGGUUAUCGUCUUAUACGUACAAGACGAACAAAGAGCUCUAAUAGACCUCGCAAGAGUCGCACUCACAAUCGAUCCCAUUAG